CUGUGAGAGAAACAGAGGGAAAGUAAGGGAAAGAGCUAAGAAAAUUUCUCCUCUCUUUCUCUUCACUUUGCACAAAUCUCUCUCUCCUCACAGAUCAACUCAUCAAAACCCUAGUCUCUCAUUCCUCCAUUUCCCUGAGAAUUCAGCUAAAAUAAGUUUUUUUUCCUAAAUUUAACACCACAAACAAAAAAAUUUGAAAUUUUUGUUAAUUUCUAUGUAAAUUGCUGAAUUGAAGUUGUUUUUGGAAGUUUUAAGGCCUUUGAGUUAAUGGGUAUGAUUUGAAAUCUGAGUUUGUGAUAAAAAAUAUUUUCUGGGUUGGUGUGUGAUAAAUAAAGCAAUGGCAACAGAGCAAGAAUUGCCUUUCUCUGUAGCUUCAAUGGUGGAAGAUGUUCUUCAAAAACAUAGUACCAGAUCAAGCGACAUGGGAUUGGCUUCAAGGAAGGCUGAGGAAUCUUCCUUGAGAAGAUAUGAAGCAGCCGGAUGGCUCAGAAGGGUGGUUGGAGUGGGUGGGGGUAAGGAAUUGCCUGCUGAGCCUUCUGAAGAAGAAUUCAGGCUUGGGUUGAGAAGUGGAAAAAUCCUAUGCUAUGUUCUUAACAAGGUUCAGCCUGGAGCUGUGCCAAAGGUGGUUGAGGGUCCUUGUGAUUCUCUUGUUAUUCCUGAUGGGGCAGCUCUAUCUGCAUUCCAGUACUUUGAAAAUGUCAGAAAUUUCCUUGUAGCUGUGGAAGAAUUGGGGCUUCCAACUUUUGAAGCCUCUGAUUUGGAACAGGGAGGAAAAUCUGCAAGGAUUGUGAACUGUGUUCUAGCAAUCAAAUCAUAUAGUGAAUGGAAAGAAGGGGGAAGGAAUGGAUCAUGGAAACCUGGUGCAAAUUUGAAAGCACCCAUCUGUGUGAAAUCCUUUGUACGAAAAAAUUCAGAACCAUUCAUGAAUUCUUUUUCAAGGGCCUCAUCAUUGAAUGAGAAGUCUCUACAGAGUCUGUCUAGUGAUCUAUCUUCAUACAAUGAUAUCGGCCAUGACCUCAAUGAAGCAGGUUCCUCUCGUUCCUUAAAUAUGCUAGUCCGUGAAGUUCUCUCCAAUAAGAAGCAAGAAGAAAUUCCAAUUAUUGUAGAAUCUAUGCUUAAUAAAGUCAUGGAGGAGUUCAACCGUCGCUUGGAAAGCCAAAAUGAACAGAUGAAAACAACUGCGAAAGAUAUGGCAGAAUCUGGCCCUGAUGAUUCUCUAUCCAAAACUUCUGAUGAUAUAAAGGUGGAAGAAAAAUCUGGCAUGCAAUAUAAAGAGGAGGAAAGUUAUGAUCGGAAGUAUGAUCUUGAUGAGGGAUCAAAAAGUCUGCUUUUGAAACAGCAUAUGUUUGUUGAACAACAACAAAGAGAUAUUCUGGAGCUGAAACAUAUUCUUCAUAGUACAAAAGCAGGAAUGCAAUUUUUGCAGGCGAAGUACCAGGAGGAAUUCAACAAUCUAGGUAAGCACCUGCAUGGUCUGGCUCAUGCUGCUUCUGGAUACCAGAGAGUUCUUGAAGAAAACCGCAAGCUAUACAAUCAAGUGCAGGACCUGAAAGGAAAUAUUAGGGUAUACUGCCGAGUGAGGCCUUUCCUGCCUGGCCAACCAAACCGUUCGAGUUCUGUGGAUCACAUAGAGGAAGGAAAUAUUUCAAUUAUUGCCCCUUUAAAAUAUAGCAGAGAGGGCAAGAAAUCAUUCACUUUCAACAAAGUAUUUGGUCCUUCAGCAACCCAAGAGGAGGUAUUUGCAGACACCCAACCUCUGAUUCGGUCUGUUCUUGAUGGUUACAAUGUUUGUAUAUUUGCUUAUGGACAAACAGGAUCAGGGAAAACUUAUACUAUGAGUGGACCCAGAGAGCUUACAGAGGAAGGUCAAGGUGUAAAUUAUAGAGCAUUGGGUGAUCUAUUUCUCCUCUCAGAACAGAGGAAAGACACCAUUUGCUAUGAUAUUUCUGUACAGAUGCUUGAAAUUUACAAUGAGCAAGUUAAGGAUCUCCUUGUGUCAGAUGGUGUCAACAAAAGAUUAGAAAUUCGUAACAGUUCUCAAAACGGAAUCAAUGUACCUGAAGCAAACCUUGUACCAGUAUCAACAACAUCUGAUGUCAUAAAUUUGAUGAACCUUGGGCAAAAGAAUCGUUCAGUGGGUGCUACAGCCAUGAAUGAUCGGAGUAGUCGUUCCCACAGCUGCCUUACAGUUCAUGUUCAAGGAAGAGACUUGACAUCUGGUUCUAUUCUCCGUGGUUGUAUGCAUCUAGUUGACCUGGCAGGAAGUGAAAGGGUUGACAAAUCAGAGGUGACCGGAGAUAGAUUAAAGGAGGCACAACAUAUCAACAAAUCUCUAUCAGCCUUGGGAGAUGUGAUCUACUCUCUUGCACAAAAGAGUUCACAUGUUCCUUAUAGGAACAGCAAACUCACGCAACUGCUCCAAGAUUCACUUGGAGGGCAAGCAAAGACUCUCAUGUUUGUUCACAUUAGUCCGGAGCCUGAAGCUCUUGGAGAAACAAUUAGUACUCUCAAAUUUGCUGAAAGGGUUUCCACCGUUGAGCUUGGUGCUGCACGGGUCAACAAAGAUGGUUCAGAAGUGAAAGAACUUAAAGAACAGAUUGCUAGCCUUAAAGCCGCCUUAUUAAGGAAGGAGGGAGAAACAGAGAGUAUUCGAAGCUCUCAAUCUAGCCCAGAAAGAUCAAAAAUGAAGUCAUGUGGAUCUUCUCCUUCCCAUCCUAGUUGGAGAAGUUUUGGAGACUUCUCAGCAGGUCGUAGGCAAGCAAUGGACAAUGUGGGUAACUUAGAGGCUCGGAGUAAUUCCAAACUAAAACCAAAAAGAUGUAGCCUAGAUUUUCACGACAUGUUGAUGAGUUCAACUCCCUGGCCACUUGUUGGCAGUCCUACACUAAUUGGAAAAGAGGAUGACAAGGAUUUUGUUUCUGGUGAAUGGGUUGAUAAGAUCAUGGUGAACAAGCAUGACAGUGCAAGUGGAGAUGAAACUCUGGUGAGACAUUGGGAAGUAGACAACAGACUGUCUUCUGAGAUGUUUGGUGAGAGUUAUAUCUCAGCUCCUUCAAAAAUAUACCCAGAACAAGCUCUCAAUAAACUAACAGCCAACAAAAAGGACAUCCAGGACUAUGAUGUACCUAGCAGUCGGUAUGAAGUGGCCACUGAUGAUUCUGAUGAGCUUGAGGCUGCAACUAGUGAUUCCUCAGAGCCAGACAUGCAUUGGCAACAGAAUCUUCCUAAACUUACCAAAAUUUCCAAUGGCUUGAAGUCAAAACCAAAGAAAACAAAUCCCAAGCCAGCAAAGAACCAAGAAUCAAGGAGUUUAAUUCCAUCACUGAUUCCUGCACCAUCUCGGAUCAAACCACCCAAUGGGAUUAGUCAAGCUUUGCAAAAACCUGGAAGGCUGGCUGUUCGAACUGAUGGAAAGAGGAAAACUGGGAAUGCUAAGUGAGAAUAUAGUUAUGGGGUUUUGAUGAAAGUUGCUCCAUGAUUUUUUUUUUCUUAUAUGUGUAUUCAUUAUGUAGUUGUGUAUAGAGAGAGAGAGAGAGGAUUUCUAUAUUGAUUGGCAAUAAAUCCAGUUGCCUGCAUUUCUCCAAUAGUGAUCAUGAGUUGUAUAAGUCCCUCCUAGCCAGUUUUAAUGUGUCUAUAGGGGUGCUGAUAUUGAGUUUUUUUUUUUCUUCUAAAACAAGUGUUUUUUCAAACUGAGAAAAAAAAAAAAAAGGAAUG